CAUCCGCGCCACCCCCACUUGCGUCUCCGGGGGCGGAUCCUGCUCGCUUCCUGCGCGCAAUCGUGAGUCACUCCGGCUGCGCAUAAAGGCAGCAGGUCCGCGCCAGCUGCUCCAGACUCGGAGAUCACUUCAAGAGCACAAGCUGCGGAUCUUGAACGGUGCUGGGCAGCUAGUGAAAGCUCCUCCUCGGGAAUAUCUAUUUAUCUAAUAAUAAUAUUAUAUUAUUAUUUAUUUUAUCAUAUCCGCGAUUUCGGAAGCUGAGCCUGCUAUUUUGUGCGCUAAAAAUGAUUGCACCCUGCGUUGUCUUGUUUUCUCUCUUGGCCGUCAGCCAAGCAGUUAAUCCUUGCUGCUCAAAUCCAUGCCAAAACAGAGGAGUCUGCAUGACAGCAGGAUUUGACCGCUAUGAAUGUGACUGUACGCGGACUGGUUAUUACGGGGAAAACUGCACUACACCGGAAUUUUUUACUUGGCUGAAAGUGACGCUGAAACCCACACCGUCCACAGUCCACUACCUUCUCACUCAUUUCAAAGCAGUCUGGGAUGUAAUCAACAACUUCCCUUUCCUCCACAAUGCCAUCAUGAGAUACGUAUUGAUGUCAAGAUCCCAUUUAAUAGAGAGCCCACCAACAUAUAACAGCCAUUAUGGAUACAAAAGCUGGGAAGCCUUUUCGAACCUUUCUUACUAUACUAGGACUCUUCCGCCGGUAGACCACAACUGCCCAACCCCUAUGGGUGUGAAAGGUAAGAAGGAGCUUCCCGAUUCCAAGCUCAUUGUAGAGAAAUUUCUACUGCGGAGAAAAUUUAUUCCUGAUCCACAAGGCACAAAUAUCAUGUUCACAUUCUUUGCCCAGCAUUUCACCCACCAGUUCUUCAAGACAGAUCAUCACAAAGGACCAGCCUUCACCAAAGCUCUUGGACAUGGGGUUGAUCUAAAUCACAUCUAUGGAGAAACUUUGGACAGGCAGAUGAAACUCAGACUAUUUAAGGACGGGAAGCUGAAAUUUCAGAUGAUUGAUGGAGAGAUGUACCCACCCACGGUCAAAGAAACUCAGGCAGAAAUGAUUUAUCCACCACACGUCCCUGAGCACCUGAAAUUUUCUGUAGGGCAAGAGGUCUUUGGUUUGGUUCCAGGGCUGAUGAUGUACGCCACAUUAUGGCUCCGGGAACACAACCGGGUCUGUGAUAUUCUGAAGGGCGAGCAUCCGGAAUGGGAUGAUGAGCAGCUGUUCCAAACUGCCCGGCUGAUCUUAACAGGAGAGACCAUCAAGAUUGUGAUUGAAGACUACGUGCAGCACCUGAGUGGCUACCACUUCAAGCUGAAGUUUGACCCAGAGCUGCUCUUCAACCAGAGAUUCCAGUAUCAGAACAGAAUAGCGGCAGAAUUCAAUACCCUUUACCACUGGCACCCUCUCCUCCCUGAUACCUUCCAGAUUCAUGACCAAGAGUACACAUACCAGCAGUUCAUCUAUAACAACUCCAUCAUGUUAGAACAUGGUCUUUCCCACAUGGUGGAAUCCUUCUCCAGGCAAAGGGCUGGAAGGGUAGCUGGUGGGCGGAAUGUCCCUGCUGCGGUGCAGAAAGUAGCGAAAGCCUCCAUUGAUCAAAGCCGACAGAUGAGAUACCGCUCCUUGAAUGAGUAUCGGAAGCACUUUAUGCUGAAACCUUUUCAGUCAUUUGAAGAGCUCACAGGAGAAAAAGAAAUGGCUGCAGAACUUGAAGAACUCUAUGGGGAUAUUGAUGCUAUGGAGCUGUACCCAGCCCUCCUUGUAGAAAAACCACGUCCUGGAGCCAUCUUUGGUGAGACCAUGAUAGAACUUGGGGCACCGUUCUCCCUGAAAGGUCUCAUGGGAAAUGCCAUCUGCUCACCAGAGUACUGGAAGCCCAGCACCUUUGGGGGCAAAGUUGGCUUUGACAUAGUGAACACAGCCUCCAUCCAAAACCUUAUCUGCAACAAUGUAGAGGGCUGUCCUCUUGUGGCUUUUCACGUCAUAAACCCAGCAACAGCAGCAACGAAAAACGUCAGCACCUCCAGCACAGCAAGAGACGAGAUCGGCCGAGCUGUGCUACUAAAAGAGCGCUCUGCUGAACUAUAGGGAACAGCUAUUUGCAUAUUUAUUUAUUUAUGAUAUCUAUUAUAUUGUUGUUUUUGUUGUUAUUUAUAGUUCAGGCAAAACACCAUGGAUUUUUUUUCCUGUGCCUUGGCAUCUAACCCACGAUGCCAGACUUAAAGGGGGAGUUCUGCUUAGAUUUGUAGGACUGGAUCCCUUGGUUUUUAAGACUAUCUUCUGUACCAGAAAGAUGUAUUCCAAAAUGGAUCAGGGCAUUAGAUCUGCUGCUUAAACUUGAACAUAAACAAUAGCUCUGCCUCUUAAACUUGACAGGUAUGAUCCUAAAUACAAAACUAUGUUACGUGCUUGUUAUCUGAGAGUCUGGAAGUGCUCAACUUUUUUAAAAAAAACAGAACAAAAAUCCAGAACAAUUCUGGAAAUCUGUGAUCAUGAAAACUGUCCUUUUACAGAAAUCUUUGCACUUUACAAAAUGAAUGUAGAAUCCUUAUGGUUUAGCCAAAGUUAAGGAUUUUUACCCCCUGUUUAUAGUAAACUUGGUAGGGUGCACAAACACUUAAACUGAGAGGGAGCAUGGAUGCAAAUUUGGGGAAAAGGAAAAUUUAUUUUCACUACCUCUCCCAUGUGACACAGCAAUAGGUUUUGAUAAUGGACUGAUCUUCAUUUUGUUUGUGUCUAUAACUGCACUUCCCUUCUAUUGCAAACAAAGUUCCUUCCUCUUCUAAGAGUAAAACCACAACUGUGUAGGACGCAACCCAGUGAAACCAUUCACAUGUAAUUCCUCUUGAAAUGUAUAGGAGCUUGUAGUCUCUGCAGAAUCUCAAUUGCUUUUUAAUGGAAAGUUUCCCCCUAGCUCUAUGUAAUAGGUGACUGGAAGAUGAAAUGUUACUCUUGGGUUUUAAUGCUCCAAACAAAGGCUUGGAACUGUAGAUUUCUCUUUCAUCAUAAUUAAGAAGAUGUAAAAAGCCAACACAAAAACCAGUCCUUUCUUUUUCCUCCCAAAUUAAUAGUUUUCAAUUAUAAAGAGUGGAUCCAUAUCAUUUUAAUGUCCUUGCAGAGACUCAAAGGCUCUAUACAGAACAAGGGUGGACGACCUCUGUUGUAGAAUAUAACACUAAACUCAUUCUUUCUGAACCCUAAAGUGCCUUCAGGUGUUUGAAACUCCAUAGAGGAGCCAGUGAGAUAGUUGUGCUGCCUCUUUUGAGAUGCCUAUGUAAUGUGGUGGGUGAGAUACAUCUCUCCCAUAAGUAAGAACUGGAGUUUCAGAUGUCAUUUAGGACUCAAAUCGAUAUGACUUGAGAUACAGACCAGUACUGUAAGUUCCCAAGCCCCGUUUAAACACAGCACUUUAUGUAUACAAAGGCCAUUUCAAUUUUUGGAUACUGACACUGCAUUUCUGUUAAUAUUAUUAUACUUCAGUUUCUAUAUUUUUUAAAAAAAAUCUAUUCCACUUUUCAAGUUGGCUAAUGAACAUAAUUCCUCAAGUAAACCAACAGGCACGUCAAUUAAUAACUUGGGUAUUGUCAAUUUUACACAUUCAAUUAGAUGCUAAUUAAUGGACUGCUAACUUGGGAAAUGCAACCUUAUUGUAGGUAUUAAACCUUUCAUAUUGCUUAAGAAAUGCAUGUUUAAUAGUAUGGUUCUGAAGCCCGUACAUUACUCUUGGUUGAAAAACCCUCUGUUAUUUGUACUCUGGAAAUUGAUAUAAUGAUUAUCUGUUAAAGCAAAGUGCUAAAGGAAAAAAUAUCGCUGGAAAAGGAAAUAUUGGUGUAACCCAAGGAAAUAUGGACAAAAGUCACCAGGAAACUCUUGAGAAAACUCCAUGAUGUUUGCUGUUUGUGCUUUUGUAGCACUCAAUGGAGGUUGCUCAGGAGAACUUCUGGUGGUUUGUGCCCACAGAUUAUAGGGCUAAUUGUCCUUUUUGAGAACACUCUAUUCCAUUCCUCUUUGUACUUUUGAUUAGUUCAGGCCUAGAAGUUACCUCAUCUCUUUCUGAUGCCUAUCACUUCUCCCAUUUAAAUUCUUUCUCUUUGAAAUUAGGACACUAGUCCUGCCAGUUCCUGAACUUCGUGUUCACUGUUCUUUCCCCACAAGCUUUUACAACCUACCCGGUACUCAGUGCUGUCUCCUCUUCCAUGUCUCUUGUAAUUAUUAGAUUGUGAGCCUGUUUUUCUUGGAACCUUUCUUUAAAAAGAAAAAAAAAACAUUUUUGUACAUUACUUGCAAGUGCCGUGCGUGUUCUAAAUAGCUGUAGUUCACUGUAUGGUGCCAGUUUUAUGGAAUUAUGUCUUCCUCUGCAUUAAGUUCACUGGAUAUGCAUCACGCAGCCUCAUUUUGUUCCUGUAAUAUUUCCAUUUUUAUAAAAAAAAACCAAAGUAUUAUUUAUCCCAGCCUGCUGGUCUUGGUUGGGCAUUUAGAAUGAUGCCAGAUUAUGCACAGGGAAGAAUUUUGUAGUGACCGCAAUCCAGAUAACGUUAAGUCACAUUUGUGUUGUUGUUGACAUCAAUGCGAUUUAAGCCUAUUCUCUGGAUUGUGGCCUUAUUUAUUGCUAUAAUUUUAAAACUGUUUGGUGGUGUUGUUUUUUUUAACGUUCCAUGAUGUGCAAAGUGUCCUUCUACAAAUAAAUUAUUUGAAAGCUAA